UGCCUUGUGACCGACGUCAUCAAGGCGCGCCGGCAUGUGUCGCUGGCGCCAUUCUAACAAGCGUGUGUUCCCCUGCCUCUCUGCCGAAGUAGCACCAAACACAGCUCGACUUGUCAUUUCACUACUUCUGCAUUUGAUCGCCUGCAGUGCGUCUUUUAGGUAUAUCCAGCUAUGGAUAUAGACGGUGCCAGUUCAGUCGUGCUGAAGGCCUUAACCCAAGCCACCAGUCAGGACACGGCCGUGCUGAAGCCCGCCGAGGAGCAGCUCAGACAGUGGGAGACGCAGCCGGGCUUCUAUUCGGUCCUCCUGAACAUCUUCAAUAAUCACUUGCUGGAUGUGAACGUCAGGUGGCUGGCGGUGCUCUACUUCAAAAACGGCAUUGACAGAUACUGGAGGAGAGUCGCGCCCCACGCUUUAUCAGAGGAGGAGAAGACCACGUUACGUGCCGGUCUCAUCACAAACUUCAAUGAACCUGUCAAUCAGAUAGCAACCCAGAUCGCGGUCCUGAUAGCCAAGGUAGCACGGCUGGACUGCCCCCGGCAAUGGCCGGAGCUUAUCCCCAUUCUGCUGGAGUCGGUCAAGGGCCAGGAUGGCCUGCAGCAGCACAGAGCGCUUCUCACCUUUUAUCACGUUACCAAAACCCUCUCGUCGAAACGUCUGGCGCAGGACAGACGCCUGUUUCAGGAUUUGGCGUCCAGCAUUUACAGCUUUGCGUGUUCCCUGUGGGGCCACCACACGGACUGCUUCCUCCAACAAAUCUGCGCCCGUGACGAGACUGCAGCGAUGGCAUCGCUGGAAAGAACACUGCUCUCCCUUAAAGUACUCCGCAAGUUGACUGUUCAUGGAUUCCAAGAGCCACAACAGAGCAUGGAAGUGAUGCGUUUUUUGAAUGCGGUUUUUGAAAGGCUAAAACAGUUCCUGGAAUGCUGUCGACAAAUUGGUCCAGGCAGCACAUGUAGAGAAAAGCUAGAAAAGACCAUCAUACUCUACACUAAAGUGUUGUUGGAUUUCUUGGAGUACCAUCCCUGUGCAUUUAUACCUCUAAUCCAGCGCUCGCUGGAGUUCGCUGUGAGCUACGUCUUCACGCCCGUUGGGGAAGGCGUCACCUUUGAGCGCUUCAUCGUCCAGUGCAUGAACCUCAUCAAGAUGAUUGUUAAGAACGAUGCCUACAAACCUGCCAAGAACUUGGAAGACAGUAAACCAGAGAGUCUGGAGGCUCACAAGAUCAAGACGGCUUUCUUCACACACCCCACGCUGACGGAGAUCGGACGCCGGCUCGUCUCCCACUAUUUCCUCCUCACUGAGGAGGAGCUGGCGAUGUGGGAAGAGGAUCCUGAGAGUUUUGCUGUUGAGGAGACAGGAGGUGACUCUUGGAAGUACAGUUUGCGGCCCUGUACAGAAGUUUUGUUCUUGGAUAUAUUCCACAACUACAGCCAGACCUUGACUCCUGUGCUGUUGGAUAUGGUUCAGAAUCUGCAGGGCCCAACCAAUGUAGAAGAGCCUGUUCAGUUGCUAAUGAAGGACGCAGUGUACAACGCAGUUGGACUGGCUGCCUUUGAGCUGUUUGACAACGUGGACUUUGACCAGUGGUUCAAGAAUCAGCUUCUCGGGGAGCUGCAAGUCAGCCAUCACAGGUACAAGCUGAUUCGACGGAGAGUCAUCUGGCUAAUAGGCCAGUGGAUUUCAGUCAAAUUCAAAUCGGACCUUCGUCCUUUGCUGUACGAGGUCAUCCUCAGUCUCAUGCAGGAUCCUGACUUGGUGGUGCGGAUUGAGACUGCUACAACUCUGAAGCUCACUGUUGACGACUUUGAGUUCAGGACGGAGCAGUUCCUCCCUUACCUGGAGUCCAUCUUUGGACUGCUCUUCCAGCUGUUGCAGCAGGUGACAGAGUGUGACACCAAAAUGCAGGUGCUCCACGUCAUUUCCUGCGUUAUUGAAAGAGUCAACACACAGAUCCGACCCUAUGUAGGCUGUCUGGUGCAGUACCUGCCUCUUCUUUGGAAGCAAUCUGAAGAGCAUAACAUGCUAAGAUGUGCCAUACUCACUACGCUCAUUCACCUUGUGCAGGGCCUCGGUGCUGAAAGCAAGAACCUGUACCCCUUCCUUCUUCCUGUCAUCCAGUUAAGCACAGAUGUUUCACAGCCACCUCACGUGUAUUUGCUGGAGGAUGGGCUGGAGCUCUGGUACGUGACUUUGGAGAAUAGUCCGGCCAUCACCCCUGAGCUGCUCAGAAUUUUCCAGAACAUGUCAGCUCUCUUGGAGUUGAGCUCGGAGAACCUGCGCACUUGCUUCCAGAUCGUCAACGCUUACCUGUACCUCUCCCCGACAGAGUUCCUCCAGAACUAUGCAGAAUCCCUGUGUCAGUCCUUCUGUGACCUGCUGAAAGACAUCACGAAUGAAGGACAGGUCCAAGUGCUGAAGGUGGUCGAAAUAGCUUUAAAGGUUAGCCCCAUACUCGGAGCCCACAUGUUCCAGCCCCUGCUGCCAGCUGUCCUCAGAGGUGUAGUGAAAGGCGAGAGAUACCCUGUGGUGAUGUCCACCUACUUGGGCAUCGUAGGCCGCAUUCUGCUCCAGAACUCUAGCUUCUUCUCGUCGCUGCUCACUCAAAUAGCCUCCGAGCUUGGCCAGGAGAUUGACCAGUUGUUAGGCUGUGUGAUUGAGAUGUGGGUGGACCGCAUGGACAACAUCACACAGCCGGAAAGGAGGAAGCUAUCUUCUCUGGCGUUGCUUUCUCUCCUACCGUCUGACAACAGUGUGAUCCAGGACAAGUUUUGUGGCAUUAUCAACAUCUGUGUCGAGUCUUUGCACGACGUGAUGACAGAAGAUCCCGAGACAAGCACCUACAAAGAUUGCAUGCUGAUGAGCCACUUUGAGGAGCCCAAGCUGAGUGAUGAUGAGGAGCCCCCGACCGAGCAAGACAAGAGAAAGAAACUAUUAGCCCUGGAGGACCCCAUCCACAGCGUUUCCCUGCAGCAGUUUGUCUACGAGAAGCUGAAGGCUCAGCAGAACCUGCUGGGCGACCCGGGUUUCAGCAGCCUCAUGGAGACGGUGGACACGGAGGUCGUAAGGCAGCUGCAGGAGUUCCUGCAGGGCUUCUGAAAGCACAUCCAGUCUUUUCUCAACUACACAACACACCUUUGCCGCUUAAUCCUCAAGGCCUUUUUUCCUUUUGAGAGAAAAAGAAAAAAAAAAAGACUCCCGUGUGGACCGCUAAUCCAAAUCUUCCCAAACGCUGCCCAUGCUCAGCCUUAUCUAUAUUCAGAACUAGCUUUGUCCGUUCCCUCGCUAACACCUCACAUCCCUCCUUUGACAAACUAGCUUUAUACCCCCUUUUUAAUGACUAGAUAUUGGGUUUAUGUGUGUAUUUACCAUGAUUUUCUAAAGCAUCGCCUCACUCGAGCUUCCACUCAGCUUCUCGACUUGUAGUAUCUUCCAUGGGUGUGAUUUUGAUGUGGAACGUGUGGCGGCAUACUCGCCCAAAAAAAAAAAAAAAAAAAUCAUUUCAGUGGAAUAAUCAACAAGACUGGAGCCGAAAUGUGGAUGGAUGAAAGGAUACGCGACGGACCUGAAACAGUGUUUACAAAGUCUAUUCUUCUUAAGGAAAAAAAAAAAAAAAAAAAACACAAAGAAUUGUAAUUUUUGUAUGUAUGUAAAAUAUGGACAAUCUGCAUGAAUCUUCUUUUAGUUAGUUCUUAUUUUUGUUGAUACCCCUCCCCCCCACCUCGUGUUUUCAAGUGAGCAUUUCAUAACCGGAGGUCAAGUUGAAGUAACUACUGAGUGUUAUUGUUGUUUUUAUUUUUUGUUUGUUUUUUUAAGUUAGCCUAUCUAAUUUUUUUUGGUAGUUCUUUUAAGCCAUUGAUUUGAAUGCGGAACCACAUUAUGUACACAUGUACUGCUGCUAAUUGUGGGCGUCGGAGCACUUUAUUAACCAAAAACUUUCUUCUCAUCACUGCUACAUUUUGUUCAACACAGUGAAUAUCAGCAGGAUGCCUUCACCCCCCCCCAAAAAAAAAAAAAAAAAAAAAAUUACACUACCUUUGUCACCUACCUUAUUAUAUCACUUUUAUUUGUCCAUGUAUACUGACAACAUGUUUGGUUUAGUGUUGGAACCCUUAUUGAAGACAGUUUAAUUUCAUUCAGGCAAUAUGAGUUUAAUAAAAGUCCUUUCGUGA